AAUGAAGUACAUCGCACUUUUUUUGCUCAGCAGUGUUGCAGUUGGCCUAGUCAUGGCCUUUCCUGAUAACCAUAAUGCAGUUGCUGAUUUGUCAGAUGGUGGCGUGUAUGUUAAUGCAAUUUCCAACAGUGGAGCGGCAGAUGCCUCUGCAGCAUCGGAAACUACUCGGCUACGUGAGCCUCGUCAUCUUCUGAAGAAGCUGUUUUCUCCACCAGAGGUGGUGGUGCAACCCAUAGUGGUUCAACCACAACAACCUUACUACACCGGCUAUAAUCCUUAUGCUGGAGCUGGACGAGGCUAUGGUGGUUAUGGAGGAUUUGCAUAUAACAGACCCAUAGGCUAUUGAUACUACGCACAUUAAAGUUGUUUUCAGAAUUUAAUAUAAAAAUUUUACAAAUAAAAUGCCAUUUUAAAGCUAAAAA